UUAAAUUAAAAAAGAAUUCUAAUUAAUUAAAAGGAAAAACGUAUUUGCAAAGAAGCGUAAAAAUGAUGUUUCCCGUGAAAGAGGUAAAUACAAGAAAAGGAUAAGACGAGAAAGGUGAUGAGGUCAUUUCUGGAAAGUGUGCGAGCAGGGAUCAAAUUUUUCAGGCACGUCAUCAACAUUUCCGCAUUAUAUAAAAACAAACUUUCUAAACAAAAACAGCUUCCAUUUCCAUUAUUUCUGCUAUCAUGAAAUUCUUCCUCAAUAGUCUUCCUCUACCAAAUCAUAAUCAAAACCCUAACCCUAUCCCACCUUCUCCACCUAUGCUUUCCGACUUAGCUUCCGAUUCCGGUGACGGACGAGAAGAGGAAACGGCAUCUUCCGCCGCCGUGAUAAAUUCGGAGGAGGAGGAGGAAGAAAUGGGAUAUGAGUCGCCGGAGGAUGAGGACGAGGUGAAUACGACGUCCUUUUCAGGGACGGAGAUAGAGGAUGAGCAGGAAGGUAAUCGUGAACCGACAGCUGAGGAUGAGGACCGUAGGGAGUUGGAUGGUGCAUCUUCGAAGAGCCUUGUGGUUGCUGAGACAGAGAAUACGUUUCUGAGGACGGACAAGCCUCCUACUGAUGAUUGUUGUCCUAUUUGCUUUGGCAAUUUUGUCGUUCCUUGCCGAGGUCCCUGUGGCCACUGGUACUGCGGAGGUUGCAUUUUGCAAUACUGGAACUAUGGGGCCGCACUUCAGCCUUGUAACUGCCCCAUGUGUUCGAGUAAGCUUACUGAUUUGGCACCUGAGGCAUCAUUGUAUGGUCAGCAGGACGCUGACGUGAUUGAGGUCUUGAAAAAAGUUCGAAAGUAUAAUCGCCUUUUUGUAGGUGGCACUUAUGGCCUCAUGCUGAAGGUUCUUGGACUGCCCUUUUACAUGAAGAGAGUGUUUAAUGAAAUGUUGAAUCCUGACAGGCCUGGUGCUCAUUUGAACAAAUUGCGAAUUUUUGCUAUGUUCCUGGGACUCCUUUACACACUCAGCCCCUUUGAUUUUCUCAGAAUAGUGAGAGCUUUUCUUUGUCCACCCUUCUUGCACGCUGGAGUGCUAUUGGUGAAGAACUCAAGGUGCAUUUCUCUUUGCAUUGACCUUUUGUUUAUUGCCAUUUCACUGCAGGCCGUCAAAAUGUCAUUGAUGUGUUUGAUUACUCUGCCAUUGCACUAUCCUCGGUGUUAUAUUUGGUUGGGCUGUAUCUUCGACGAAGGCGUUUCCGACAUGUUAGGGAAAUGGCUGAGGCUGAUUUUGCUGCUCAUUGACAGCUGCCAGCUGGUGAAGCAGAUGUUUGUCGUCAAGUCAUUGUGGAGCUUGAAGAUUUUGGAUUUCUAAAGAUUUUCCUCUGCUUUUGUGGUUGCGCGCGUCAAGUUUGAGAUGGACUUGCCUUAUGAUGCAGUUCUCUUUCCUUUACCUGCCAGUCUGUACAGAUAGAAUGUAUAGUGUAUAUACUCAUUUAGUUGAUCGCUUUUCCACUUCGUCAUAUAUUCUUUAAUCUGAAUGGAAUAUAGUCGUCAGAAAACUACCAGCUUCUUGUACUAAUAAUGAGUUUACGACCUUUACUUGAACAAGACCUGUAUUUAAGGGGCUUCGGCUUUCUUUAUAUUACUCCUGCUAUCACUUUGGGUUCUA